AUGCUAGGUUGGGGAAUCAUGGCAGUUUUGGGGGCAGCAUGUACCAAUUUUGGAGGUGCUGUGGCCGUCAGAUUCGUUCAAGGAAUUUUCCAAGCUGGAUUUUCACCCUCGUUGAUUUAUUACCUGACAACAUUCUAUAGCAGAGGGGAGCUUGCCAAGAGGAUCGGAGUCUUCUACUCAACAAAUGCGCUGUCGGGUGCUUUUGGAGGCCUGAUUGCAUACGGGGUAUUUCAGCUAGACUCCAAGCUGAAAGGAUGGCAGAUACUGCUGUUGAUCGAAGGAGCUUUGACGGUAGGCUGGGCAGUGUUAACCGCAUUCAUGCUGCCCUGGUCAUCCUCGACAGCAGCUUUCCUCAACCCAAGAGAGAAAGAGGUAGCGCGUUUACGGGUUCUGAAAGAUGGAUCUGGUACUGUUGACGCGAAGUUCGACGUCAAUGCCUUCUUCGCCCCACUGAGGGAUUGGAAGCUAUACACCUACGCUAUCAUCGGUUUGUUAUACGGCAUCGCAACUUCUGUUGCCGAUAGUUUUAUGACACAAAUCGUGUCAAGAUUUGGCUACUCAGUAGUCAAGACCAACCUGUUCACUGUUGCCCCUUUCGCGUUUGGCACUCUCAUGAUGAUCACUACGGCAUGGUCAUCGGACUACUUUCGGGAAAGAGGGUUUCACCUGGCCAAUGCUAUAUCAUUGGCUUUCAUUGGUUGCAUCAUACUAGUGCUUGUGCCCGUAUCCAAUCAUGCCUUAGGAUAUUUUGCAGUCUUUCUGAUCACAGGAGGUGCCCAAACACCGAGUGUCAUCUUUCAUUCGUGGCAUCCAUCGAACGAAGCAAAUGAAGAUGCUCGAGCCUUCAAGGUUGCAGUUCUCACCUUUGUCGCUAAUUCAGGAGGUUUUGUGUCUGCCAAUAUAUUCCUGGACAAAUGGAGCCCGGCGUAUAGGAUACCUCUCAUCAUCGUAGCGGCUACACAAGGUUUGGCGAUCUCGAUCAUCGUGGCGUUCAGAUUGUGGAUGAGAUACGACAAUAGAAGAAGGAACAUAGCUCAGAGUGUCAAUUGGACUUCGAAGGAUGUACCCACCGAAGCCUUGAAAGCUGGCCCAAAGAAUCCAUCUUUCAGGCAUUUCGUGUGA